AUGGUAGAACUCAAGCUCGUUUUCGUUUUAAAGGCCAAGACCACGCCGAAGGCCAUUAAGAGAGAGAAGAAGAAGAAGAAGAAGAAGAAGAAGAAGAAGAAGAAGGAAAACGAACAAUUUGUAUGCGAAUUCCAAACUGCCAAGUCAUCGUUUUUGUGGAGGGCUGUAUUUCGUACAAGGUAA